UGAGAUGAUGUUCCAGCCCGAGUCAGAUCAAAUGAAACUAUGUCCAGCUGAACCUCAGUCCCCGCCCCUGGACUUGAUUGACACGGGGAAAGGCCUGAAGGUGCAGACGGCCACGCCACAUCUCGUCAGCCUCGGCAGUGGCAGGCUGAGUGUGGCCAUCACCUUGCUGCCACUCAAAGAAGGAGUGACCCGCAUUGGUCGGGAGGAUGCCCCUGUCGCCCAGGACAUCACUAUCCAGGGGCCUGGCAUCGAGGCCGAGCACUGUCUGAUCCUCAAUGAAGGAGGAGUGGUGACUCUAGACCCCUGCGGUCACCUCUGCAGUUUGGAUGGAGUACAGGUCACUGUGCCCACACCCCUCACACAGGGUUACUCGUUGUGUCUAGGUAAGUCCUACCUCUUCCGCUUUAACCAUCCCGAGGAGGCCAGCAGAAUGAAGAGCAUGCUGCCGCAUAAGAAUCCGGUCUCCCCACUAGCCUACAACACAGACUAUCUGAAGUUUAGCAGUGAUUACAGCCAUGCCGUGGUUGGAGGGACCAGCAGUGCUAGGGGCAUGCGUUCGGCAUCUGAGCUCCGGGACUUGAUGGACACCCUGCAGCGCAAGAAGAUUGCCCUGGAGAACAGCCUGAGAGCCAACGGGGAUGCUAACCCAUCCUAUUUUAGCAUGACACAGUCUCCUCCCAACACGCCUGUCACAAGUUCUUCGUCAUUGUCGUCAGCCUAUCAGGAGCAGGCAAGGCGUUUCUAUAGCUCUGAGCGGCCACCGCUUGCUGUCAAAACCGCCGCCCCUCCGUCCCCCUCCAGGCGCUCGGACCCUUCCUCGUUUCUGAACUCACGCUCUACCGCCGGCCGCAACCAAUCACAGGACAGCUUCCUUCUCGGCGAUGGCAGACGGCCGCACAACCCGACCUCCUCACCUUUACUGUCAAUGUGGAAUGGUGGAGGCUCUUCAAAUUCUGUUGCUAGCAACGACAGCCUCCUCCUUUCUCCCCCUCCCUCCUCCAUCUCAUCCCGCGCUCCCUCCUCCGGAGGCGUGGCCAGCAUGCCCUCGAGCCCCCGUCUUGGACGUCGUAGCUACGGCAACCAAGAAGCGGCACCUAGUGGCCGUACCCGGAAGUACUCAGCGGGCUCCCUAAGUGGAAUGACCGGAGGAGGUCACAGUCGCUCCCUGCCACGCCUAUGCCCCUCCCCUUCUCCCCGGGACCACAACAAUGGAUUGAUGACCCUGUCAAUGCUGCCACCUCGCCGGUCUGAUAUUGUUGGAGGCUACAAACUCGGUAAAGACCUUUACAGCAGCAACAACAGCAGCAGCAACUCCAGCCAAGUCGAAAGCCCGAAUCUCAAUCACAUCCUUGGUAACUCCAGCCAGCAGACGUCCAAUGGGACCCACAUCCAGAGUACGACCCAGAGAGAGGGACUCGUGUGCAUCUCCCUCUCCUCACCUAAGAUCCUCUCCCCCUCCACCAACUCUUCUGUCUCCACCAUUUCAGCCCCUCCUGAUGUCACCAUCCCAUCCAGAUCAGGGGGCUCCUCUUCUCCCCGCGUUGCCAAAAAACUCAGCCUGACCUCCACCAGCUCCAUGGGCUCCCUCAGCUCCACGGGCUCCAGCCCUCCAGAGCCAGAGAGGCCGGCCAGCCGUGGCCUUUCCCCAGGAGCAGAGCUCUAUUUGAAGGAGAGGGAGAGGAGUGGGGUGGGCGUUGAGCUCGGCGGGAGCUUUGGAGAGAGGAGGUCUUCCUUCAGUAAAGGUGGCCUGGAGUCUGGGCUUGGGGAAAGGAGGCAGUCUUUCGGGAAGACUGGGGUGACCCCACCAACCGGGUUCAGGGAAAGGAGGGGGAGCAUCAGCUCGCUGAGCGGGAAGGAGGAGCUUACUGACUACCACCAACGGCAGAGAGAUGAGAGGCUCCGCGAGCAGGAGGUCGAGAGACUGGAGCGCCAGAGGCUGGAGACCAUCCUGUCUCUAUGUUCGGAGUUGGGCCGUACUGACAGCGGGGGCACAGGUAUGAGUCCCGGCUCUGCCGUGGCCGACCUCCAAAAGAUUAACCGGGAGCUUGAGAAGCUUCAAGUGAAUGACGACGACGAUGAUGACGACGCGUCAAUCUCCGUCUUCUCUGAGGCAUCAGCCAUCAACGGAUCCCUUGGGAACGGACACAUCCCCUCCCCCGGCUCAGAGAAUGGUUACUUCGACGAUGACCUGCAGGGACGACGGAGACGCAGCAGCGGUCACCGUGACAACAGGGCGGAGUCACCAGCUGUUAGCCUGCGAAGCUCUGCCCCUUCACCCUCACCACGUGCACAGAGGACCAAUGAGAUGCUGGACAAUGGCGGCCGCCGUCGGGGACAGGAAAUGAGGCGCACAGAGGAGGAAGAGAGACGUGUGGAGGAGGAGAGAAUCCAGGUGCUAAACAACAUAGAGGAGCUGGAACAGAAGAUCAAGGAGCUGGACAACCAAAUGGAUGAAUCUGUGCGAGAGGUGGAGGUGGAGCGAGCACUUGUGGAGGCUGAGCAGGAGUCGGAGCUGGCAGCUCUCCAGCAGGAGAAAGAAGCUCUGGAGACACUCCACAACAAGAUGUCCGACCUAGAGACCAAGGCCCAGCAAGAAAAAGAAAAGGCGUGUGAGCUGCUGCGCACAGAGAGGGACAGGGUAGAGAGGUUGGCUCAGAGUGUCUGUGAGCAGCGCUCCCAGUUGGACAGCUGCCCUGAGGCCACGAAGGAACCCCUGCAGGAGCAGCUUGCCAGGGACUGCGAGGUUCUGGAGGCGGAGACAAAACGUUUUGAGGACCUUGAAUUCCAGCAGUUGGAGAGGGAGAGCAGGCAGGACGAGGAGAAGGAGAACCACACACAACAACUGCUGCGGGAAAUUGCCGACUACCAGCGAAGCACUGUCACUCGCAAAGAGCGCCUACUGACACUGAAGAAACAGGCGGCUCAGAUUACCCAGCAAGCACAGCGAGAGAAGGACAGCUUCCUGAAAGAGAGGAGCAACCUGGAAAUGAUGCUGCAGAGGGAGAAGGAAAACCUCACCACUCUGGAAAGAAAAUACGGCGACCUCACCGGUGGGCGGGCUUUCAAUCUCAGUCACGGCACUUUGAAGGAGCAUUUGCGUUUGCUGGAAGAGAGGAAGAGGAGUGAGAAGGACGUCGGGGGCCAUUUAAGUGACACGUUACCAAGGAAGAAAUCAACGCCCACCAUGGCCUCCCAGUUCACCUGUGCAACACUGGGACACAGUUUCCCCACCAAGUCCCAUCAGCCCCUGGUGCAGAGCACUAGCUGUGGCAGUAUUUUACCCAGAAUGCUCUCUGUUUCCAGUAAAGAAACAGAAUCUCGCCGUCUGCAUAAAGGUCAGCCUGGCUCACGAGCAGCCUCCCAGACCAAUGUCUACCUUGAUGCAUUUGGUUACCGUGACAACCAGGCUUUUGACACAAUGAGCGUGGACAGCACCGACUCCAUAGAGACAAGCAUCUCUGCCUGCUCCCCUGACAACAUCUCCAGUGCCAGUACGUCGAAUGUGGCCAAGCUGGAGGAGAUGGAGCGUCUGCUAAGGGAGGCCCAGGUUGAGAAGAGCCGCCUCCUAGAAAACAAGGAGCGAGAGAUGGAGGUGCGGAAGCAGGCCUUGGAGGAGGAGAGGAGAAGGAGGGAGGACCUGGAGAAACGGCUGCAGGAGGAGACCAGCAGACGACAGAAACUCAUCGACCGUGAGGUGAAACUACGAGAGAAACAGAGAGCGCAGUCCCGUCCCCUGACACGCUAUCUGCCCGUGCGAAAGGACGACUUUGAUCUGCGAGCACACAUUGAGUCGGCAGGCCACAGUGCAGACACCUGCUUCCACCUUUCCAUCACGGAGAAGACGUGCCGUGGCUACCUGAUCAAGAUGGGCGGCAAGAUCAAGACGUGGAAGAAGCGUUGGUUCGUCUUCGAUCGCAACCGACGCACGCUGUCCUACUACGCAGACAAACAUGAAGCCAAGCUGAAAGGAGUAAUCUAUUUCCAAGCCAUUGAGGAAGUUUAUUAUGACCACUUGAAGAAUGCACAUAAGAGCCCGAACCCUUCCUUGACCUUCAGUGUAAAGACCCAUGACAGGGUCUACUACAUGGUCGCUCCCUCUCCCGAGGCCAUGAGGAUCUGGAUGGACGUCAUAGUCACCGGCGCAGAGGGAUACACACAGUUCAUGGUGUAGUGAUGAGACCAGGGCCAGUGGAAUAUGACCAGCGUAAAAUGGGUCAGACCAGUUCACCCAGGGCUUACCUCCCAUGCCUUCGUCUGUGACUGACUUGUGUUUUGUUUUGCAGUACCUGUGUGGAUAGUAGGGUCUACACCACCACCCCCCGGGAUUUACGGCUAUCUUCGAUAAAUAAAGCCAUGUUCAUCGUUCGCUUGUGCCUUCCUGGAUUGCAAGAUGCAGGUUGCCAUUUUACGUGAUGCAUUUGGAUGGAACUUUUAACAGAAAAGAAACAGAAACCGAGUCGGUUAGCUGCAGCGGCUUGCUACAAUAAUAUUUUCGACUGGCCAAGCAGAGCACUAAAAGUUAUCAAGCCUUGCUGUUCUGAAACAGUGUGCCUUGGAGAGAGCUCAAGCAUAACUAGAGAUUUUGCUGUAGUCAAGUCAAGUCAAAUCAAUUUUAUUUGUGUAGCCCAAUAUCACAAAUUACAAAUUUUGCCUCAAGGGGCUUUACAGCAACACAACAUCCUGUCCUUAAACGCGUAAAGGAAAUCAAUAUUAAAACAUUUACUUGACUUUGAUUUUAUUUGUCUUGCUGGGUUUCAGAAGAGAAAGGGCUUUUCAAGGGAAAGCACUGGCAUGUAUCUCACCUGCCAGGGUCGUUUGAUUCAGAUGAUGCAUCACUUUUGGUAUGACACCUCUGCCUGGGACUGUCACCACUCUUAUCUGUGAUUUUUACACUAAGUAGUUUUUUUUUUGUUGGUGUUUUUCUUUCAUGCCAACAUGACUUUGACCACAGCUAUGCUAAACUUUCUUUGACUUUUGUGUUGUGCUGACAGUAUACUCAGAAUGUGACUUUAUCGUCAGUCGUUAGUGUAAAUUUAUUGUAGUCUGAAAAUCUAAGAGACAACACAGGUUCCUCUUAAGACAUGUCCAGAGACAACUGGUCACAUGACAUUUGUUAUGCUUCAAUGGUUUUCUAUGUGGGCUGAAUACGUACUGCUCGAGCUGAAAUAGUGUAUUCUAAUAUGCCUUUUCCAGCUGGAUUGCAUUGCAGUCACAUCCUCAGGUCAUAACUGUGUGUGCAUGCAUCUGCUUGCAUGCAUUGUAUAUAUUAUCAUAGGCAUGUGUGCUCAGAAGUGCCUACUGGUGGAUAUGUGAAUUUACUUUUACCAGGACUAUGUCACAUACUGUAGCUAAAAGAUGCUUUUCCUCUGUAGGGAACUGUACCCCAAGCCAAUACUGUGGUAUUACCUUCAUCUACAGUAAGAUUUAUAUGAGUGCCUUUCCUCACCGUAAACAUAUACUAAACUCAUGAUUGAGUUCAAUAUAUUGUUCUAGGUUCACAGUACAGUGUGGUCAGAAUCUUAAUAGAUCUUUCCAGUUAGUUAAAUUAGAUUACAGACUCCUAUGCAGAUUCAAAUCGCAAUUCUGUUUUGUGUGUUUUUCAUAUUUUGUGUCAAAUCCUGUUUUUAAUGUAUUGUAUUUACUGUGUUAUCAGAGCCAUAGCCAGAUCUCUUAACUAUAGCGGCAAGCUUCCUCCGCUAAGAAAAGCAAGGAAAACAUGGAACAUUUGUAUUUCAGUAUGAAAACAAGGAAAAGCUACAUGCAAUAAGAGGAGGUCUGCGUUUAAGAUGUCAACCGGGUAAAAUCCAUGGGACACAAAGACGCUUCAGUUCAUCCCACUUUUACCAUAGGAAAAAAAAAAGGAGACUGAUGAUCCUUUUGCUGCUUUUGUCCUUUUUGAUUUUGUUGUUUUUAUGAUGACUUCUUUCCUCCAAUGGAUCAGCUAAUAGGACGGUGUAACAAUCAGCUGUAAAUGACUGUUUUCUUACAGCUUGGCAUCAAUUGUAGAAGUAAUAUAAUUUGAAUGUAUCAAUAAGAUACAAUGAGUUUUUCGUUUUCUGGUAGGUUUUUGUUGACCGGUACUGCUCUAGCAAUAAGAGAGAUGUCUGAGGAAUGGAGGACAUGUACAACAUUAGUCUGCAGUGCACCUCCUCGGUUUCUGGAACAGAUUCUCAUUUCUCAUAUUGACCAAAAACACAUUUUAUGCACAGAAACUUCUAUAUUUGUCUCAUUGCUUUGACUGACUGUCCAUGAUGUCGACUUUAUGGAAGGUGUAUCAAAUUAAGAUUGUGUUUUUAGUGUGUUGCUCUGCAUGACAUAUCAAGCACGGUGUUGCUCAUUGUUACCAACAGACGAGACUGUUACCAGGGAAGGUUAUAUUCCCAUAUAUUGUAAAACUUUUUUUUUCUAAUUUACAAUUGUGUAAAAUGGCCGCUCUAUUCAGAUUAUAAUCUAUUUAUGCUAUUACCCAUGCAUGUACCCUAAUUUUGUAUUUCUAUACAACCAAUAAAGUGAUAUAUUUUACUUGUAUUUCAUUUAGCUCUGCAAAUCUCAGUGAUGCCUGAUCUUCUGUAGGUAUUUGCUAGCUGUUACCGCUCCCAUUUGGUCUGCACUCCUGCAGGACUCAACCAAGUAAUAUUUAUUCUUACAAACAAGAAAAGCUAUCGCAAACACUCCCAACUUAGAAAAGAAACAAGGUUAA